AAUUGAAUAUAGGGUUUUGGGUUUCUAUUUUCCCUCUCUCUUCGAGUUCGACUCUUUCCAAAGUCGCUCCUCUCCUCCUUCUGCGACGACGAGACAGCGCCACCAACACAACUCAUCUCCUCUCAGGUUUUCAACUUUUUAAUUUGUAUUUGGACCAUUAAUUUGGAGACAAGGUGAGGAUUUCAUAUUGCCAUGGCUGAAGAGGCAGGUAUGUUUAUGGUUCAUCAAACUGUUGGCAGUGUACUAUGUUGCAAAUGCGGUAUCCCCAUGGCACCAAAUGCUGCCAAUAUGUGUGUCAAGUGUUUGCGCUCUGAAGUUGAUAUUACGGAAGGUUUGCAGAAGCAUGUGACCAUUGUUCAUUGUCCAGAGUGUAAUUGCUACUUGCAGCCUCCAAGAACUUGGAUCAAAGCCCAAUUAGAAUCAAAGGAGCUGCUAACCUUCUGUGUUAAGAGAUUGAAGAAUUUGAAUAAAGUUAGGCUAGUUCAUGCCGAAUUUAUUUGGACUGAACCUCACUCCAAGAGGAUCAAGGUUAAGUUGAAAGUUCAGAAGGAGGUUCUUAAUGGAGCAAUACUUGAACAAUCAUAUGUUGUAGAGUAUGUUCAACAAGAGCAUAUGUGUGAGUCUUGUUCAAGGGUUCAGGCCAACCCUGACCAGUGGGUUGCAUCUGUGCAACUCCGCCAGCAUGUUUCUCACCGACGCACGUUUUUCUAUCUGGAGCAGCUGAUCCUGAGGCAUGCUGCUGCUGCUAGUGCCAUAAAAAUAAAGCAGAUGGAACAAGGUAUCGACUUCUUUUUUGCAAACCGGAGUCAUGGUGUGAAAUUUGUGGAAUUUGUUGGUAAAGUUGCUCCAGUAAGGAGUCGCAGUGACAAACAGCUUGUUUCCCAUGAUUCUAAAAGUAAUAAUUAUAAUUAUAAGCAUACAUUCUCAGUUGAGAUAAGCCCCAUUUGCCGUGAAGAUUUGAUUUGUCUGCCUCCCAAGGUCAGGUCCAGUUUGGGAAACCUCGGUCCUCUUGUGAUCUGCACUAAAGUGACCAACAGUAUUGCUUUGUUUGAUCCUUUCACCCUGAGACAUUGUUUCCUUGAUACUGAUCAGUAUUGGAGGUAUUCCUUUAAAUCUCUACAUACAAGCAGGGAGCUAGUGGAGUAUAUAGUGCUUGAUUUGGAGAUUAUUUCGCCCGAAGUUAAUGUUGGUGGCUCAAGGUUAGCUUUAGCUGAUGCACAAGUUGCUCGUGUCUCUGACUUUGGGAAGAAUGAUACUAUUUUCAACAUAAAAACACAUCUUGGCCAUCUUUUAAACCCCGGGGAUUAUGCUCUUGGUUACGACUUAUAUGGGGCUAACAGUAAUGACGAUGAACUAGAGAAGUACAAGGGUCUAGUCAUUCCUGAUGCAAUUUUAAUAAAGAAGAGCUACGAAGAAAAGCGACAGAAGAAACACGCGAAGGCUCGCCCAUGGAAACUUAAAUCCCUUGGCAUGGAAGUUGAUGAUAAAGCUAAACUUGAUCAAGAAAAGGUGGACUCUGAGUAUGAGCAGUUCUUGAAGGAUCUGGAGGAGAACCCUGAGAUGAGGUUGAAUAUAUCAUUAUACCAUAAUGAAGAAUACCAGCCGUCAGAGAUGGCAUCCAUGACUGAUGGGGAAGAUGCACCUUCUGUCCCACUUGAAGAGUUGCUUGCUGACCUUGAACUGCGUGAUAACGAGGAUGAGGAUGAGGAUGAUAGUAGCAUGAGGGAGUAAAUGAAGAAAAAAAAGAGGUGAUAAUUGGUGAAGUUUAUCACAGAGUAGUUUUUAUUAAUCUGGUUUUCCUUUCUACUUAGAUGUUUAAAAUUAUCUUUCAUAUGCUGUUUCCUGCUUACAACAGUGGCUGUUUUGCAACAUAGAGUUGAGUGAACCCUCUUUGGGAGCCAUUGCUUGUUGGUCUUUAUUACAGUAACAGGGUGGUGAAUGCACAAUUUUGAUUUUCUCGCGAUCAUAUUUUAUUGUAGCUGUAAAUUAUCGUUAACUGAGAAAGAAAUUAGAAAAACAAGUUGUCAUAUCUCAUGGGGUAUGAUGCUAA